GAAUAAAGUUUAACAUAACGCGUCAGUUGAAAGAAAUAAUACCUACACAGAACUUGACGAUGUUCGUUUUGAAGAAUUUGGGAAUAUUUGUUGUGUUUAAUUAUGCAACACUAAUGGUACUGUGUACUGAGUACCCAAAAUGCACCUGGAUGGGCGGAAACACUAACCGACUAACUGCCGUGUUUAAAGGAUUCUGUUACAUGUUUUCUGAAAAUGAACUGUCAUGGCAGAACGCCAAAGAUGAGUGUUAUAAAAAUGGCGGCCGACUUGCAGACAUCUUGAACCAUGAAACAACAGAUUUUAUUAAUCAGUACAGAAAAGAUAACGGAAUUGCCGACCAUGAUGCAUGGAUUGGACUGGCGUGGCACAAGUCAGUACAGAGAUAUAUAUGGACCACAGGCACGCACGUGAAUUACAAAAACUGGGCACACGGUGAACCGUCUCGUAUUGGAAUCUACGUGGUCGUGUCUGCCGAUCAUGGCAAAUGGAGAAAUGUGGCACCACCUCUAAAUCGUGGAUUGGAAGAACGGUAUAUUUGCAAAGCUGGUAAGGAGAAAAAAACCUAGUUUUACUUACUAGCGAUUCAGAUUAUGUCGAUAGAGGUAACG